AUGUGUGCGCAGGUGGUUUUACCUGAAAAGGCAAAAGCUGCUGGGGCUGCAUGCGGCGAUCGACACACUCUCGUGCUCACUGCAGAUGGCGGCACCUUUGCGUUUGGCGACGACUCGAAGAUACAGCUGGCUAUUGGAGAUACCCGUGGCCCUGGAGGCGCAGAGAUGGGGACGACCUAUCAGCAGCGAAUUGAUAUGGCGGGGGUUAAGGCCCCCAUGCAGCGGGGGGCCUCGUAUGGGGUGUUAGAGAGACACAUACAGCACAAGCCGAUGGCGUCUCUCAAACCCUCAGCGGCUGUUUCCCCUGAAGCUGCGCGAGGGGUGGCAACAGCGGUGGCUGCUAGCGACUUUUCUUCUAUUAUUUUAUAUCAGGAGGGGUCAGCAGCAGCAGGAGGGUUUAGGAAUUCUCUUUUGUGCUGCGGAGAGACAGCACGGGGCCAGUGUGGGAGGACGCUGCAGCAGCAGCAGCAGACGCUGCUGCCCGUGCAGCUGCCGCGUUCUCUGUCUCCUCCUUUUUUUGCUUCUUUUGUCUCUGCUGUCUCCUGCGGCUCCUCGCACUGUCUUGCUGCUCUAAACCACCAAAUUCUCGUGGGCUGGGGGUUUAAUGAAAAGGGACAAGUCGGCGCGGGACCCCGGGGGUAUGACGGCGGCUGCACGACCCCAUCGCAACAACAGCAGCAGCAGCAGCAGCAGCAGCAGCAACAGCAGCAGCAGCAGCAACAGCAGCAGCAGCUCAAUAGUGACCCGCACACCUUCAGUGUUGCCGUUACAGAACAACACCUAGCGCGGCAGCUGCAGCAGCUCUGCUUUUGCGGUCGAGCAGCAGCAGCAGCAGCAGCAGCAGCAGCAGCUGCAGCAGCAGCAGCAGCAGCAGCAGCAACAGCAGCAACAGAACAGCUUCUCAUCGCCAGCAUCAGCAGCAGCAGCAGCAGCAGCAACAGCAGCAGCAACAGCAGCAGCAGCAGCAGCUUGCUGCCACAACAACAGCAACAUCCCGACCAUCACCACAACCACCACCACCACCACCACCGCCAGCAGCAGCAGCAGCAGCAGCAGCAGCAGCAGGAGGAUGGCUUCGUCUCCGCCCCCCGGUUUCUCAUCGCCAGCAUCAGCAGCAGCAGCAGCAGCAGCAACAGCAGCAGCAACAGCAGCAGCAGCAGCUUGCUGCCACAACAACAGCAACAUCCCGACCAUCACCACCAGCAGCAGCAGCAGCAGCAGCAGCAGCAGCAGCAGCAGCAGCAGCAGGAGGAUGGCUUCGUCUCCUCCCCCCGGCGGGAGUCGACUAUCCCCCAUAAGGUCCUCAAGCUCAAUGGGGGGUUUGGUGACGGCCAUAGAGGAGGAGAACAGCAGAAACAGAGCAGGCAACAGGAUAGUACUUGGUCAGCCGCAGCAGCUGCAGCAGCAGCAGCAGUUGGUGCUGCAGCAGCAGCAGCAGCUGCCAGCCAGAGGAGCUUCAGCACGCUUCAACUCCUUCAAAAGCUCAGCAGCAAAAAGAAUAGAUUUUCAUCUCAAGCGGGGGAUGGGGUCGUUCGUGUUGCUGUGGACCUCUUCUGCUGUUCUUCUCUUUCUCUUCUUACAAGAGUUGGUGUUUAA